GGACACGUUGCGGAUCCUCCACGAAGUACAUCGAGGAAGAACGAGUAAACGGAAAAGAGCCGCGACCGGGAUUUGAUCUGAUCGUUCCGGCGUGGAUAACGGCGUGGGUAACGGCGUGGAAGGCAGUUUGGGCGUUUGUUGGCAUGAAAGCUGUGUGAAAGCGAUCGUCAAGAGCGUCGAGUAUCGUAGCGAUCAUGUUGGUGCUGUUCGAGACGCCGGCGGGCUACGCGAUAUUCAAGUUGAUGGACGAGAGCAAACUCGCCAAGUCGGACAAUCUUUACAUAGACUUUGAGACCCCGGAGGCCGCCAGAAAAUUAAUUAAACUCAAGUACUUCCACAAGUUUGAGGACACCACUGAGGCGCUAGCCGCCACUACGGCGAUUGUGGACGGCAAGCUGUCCAAGUCUUUGAAGAGAACGCUCAGAAACAGCUGCACUGAGGCCCACGAACAACUGGCGGUCGCCGAUGCCAGGCUGGGCAGUGCAAUCAAGGACAAGCUAUCGCUAUCCUGCGUAAGCAACACGGCGGUGCAAGAGUUGAUGAGAUGCAUCAGAAGCCAGAGGGACGAACUGAUCACUGAGGUGACCAAGAAGGAGAUGACAGCCAUGGCGUUGGGCCUGGCCCACAGUCUCUCCAGAUACAAGCUCAAGUUCUCACCCGACAAGAUCGACACCAUGGUGAUACAAGCAGUGUGCCUGCUGGAUGAUCUAGACAAGGAGCUCAACAAUUACAUUAUGCGGGCGCGCGAAUGGUACGGCUGGCAUUUCCCCGAGCUGGGCAAGAUCGUGACUGACAAUCUUCAGUACAUACAGACGAUGAAGACAAUUGGCCGGCGGGAGAACGCAGUCAGCUGCGACCUGUCGGACAUACUGAUAGAAGACGUCGAGGGGAGGGUGAAGGAGGCCGCGGAAACCUCGAUGGGCUCGGAGAUCUCCGAGUACGACGCCGAGCACAUGCGAUACCUGUGCGUCGAGAUACUCGAGCUCCACCGGUACCGAGGCCAGCUGAGCGAAUAUCUGUCGACCAGAAUGACGGCACUGGCGCCGAAUCUGUCCAUUCUCGUUGGCGACCUGAUCGGCGCGCGUCUAAUCGCCAAGGCCGGUUCGCUGACCAAUCUCGCCAAACAUCCGGCGUCCACUUUACAGAUCCUCGGUGCGGAAAAGGCGCUGUUCCGUGCUCUUAAGUCGAAAAAGAACACGCCCAAGUAUGGCUUGAUCUACCACUCGCAGCUCGUCGGACAGUCCUCCAACAGGAAUAAGGGCAAGAUGUCUAGGAUGCUGGCAGCGAAAGCUUCUCUGGCGACGAGGGUCGACGCAUUGGGUGACUCAUCGGGCAAUUUGAACAGUAAUGAACCACUACUUGGCGCAAAGCACAGAGCAACUUUGCAGGAGCGACUAAACCGACUUGAGGAAGGGAAUAUACGUCGGAUAAGUGGUACCGCCAAAGCAAAGGCUAAAUUCGAGAAAUAUCACAGCAAGAACGAAUGCAUGCAAUAUCCCGCGUCUGCAGACUCGACUCUGCAAACUCAGAAGAGGCCAUUAAUCGAGGAGAUCAUAAAGCAGGAGAAUGAGGCUGAGGAGGAGGAAGUGAAAGUGGAAGUACCUAAAAAGAAGAAAAAGAAACAUAGCACGAACCAUGAGCAAACGGAAGAAGCUGCACAAGCGGAAAUAGAAUCGGCUGCUGCACCUGCCGAGCAAAAGAAGAAGAAGAAGAAGAAGAAGGACAAAGAAAGCGAGGAGGCAGUAACUGUUAAAGUGGAGGAACAAGCGACAGUAUCUGUUAAAGUGGAGGAUCCAGUCCCGAGCGAGAAGAAAAAGAAAAAGCAUAAUGUGGAAUCCUAUGUGGAACAAGGAGAAUUUUCUGGUGCGCAAGCGGAAUUGGUCACUCCAAAGAAAAAGAAGAAGCGCAGCAUGGAAAUCAAAACGGAAGAUGUAGAGGAAGCUUCUCAAGAGGUGCAAAUAAAACCGGAGUCUGGUGCUAUACCGAAGAAAAAGAAGAAAUACAGCGUGGAACCAGAAAAUACGGAGGAGUUGAAUGACUCGUUGAAAAGAAAAAAGAAACGCAGCAUCGAAACUAAAACAGAAGACACGGGGGAAUUUUCUGGUAUGCAAGAAGCAGAAGUUGCGGAGCAAAAGAAGAAAAAGAAGAAGAAGAAGGAUAAGGAAAGCGAGGAGAUGCAGCAAAUGACAGCAUCUGUUGAAGAAGUAGAGGAACCAGUUUCGAGCGAGAAGAAAAAGAAAAAGAAGAAAUCAAAGCAAGAUUAAACUUGCAUAGGCUACGCAAAGACGAAUAGGAUAAAUAUAAGUUUCCACAUUAAGUUUUACGUAUUAUAUAAAUAAAUAUAGAUAAUAAGAAUAUUUUUAAUUAAGUACGAGUAGGAAAGCUAGAGAAAUCGGAGAUUUGUUACGGAAUAUUUUUCAUAGAACUUUGUUUUGCAUCAUAAAUUAAGAUCGCUGAUACGCUGCGAAUAAGAUCUUUUAAACGAGAUGAUGGAUUUUCCUAAGUAUGAUUUAUGUAACAUAUUGUAUAGUUUUCAGAAAUACAUUAAUGCAUAAAU